CGCGUGCGGCCGGCGGGCCCCGCGUUGAUAAGGGCCCGGGCGGCGGCGGCACCCGCCGCAGAGCAGCGCGGCGGCGGCGGAGCACGGGCAUGGCGCUGCGCUGCCCGCCCCCGCCCGCUUCGUCUCGCUUUCAGCUUAGUCCUGAAUUUUAAUAUUUGUUUUAAAAGUUUUGGCUCCUUCUUGUUGUUUUUGGUCUAUUUUUUUUUUUUUUUUUUUUUUUUAAUUUUUCCGCCCGCCGCCGCCGUGGCCGCCCGGCGAUGAACGGCGGGGCUCUGCCGCCGCUGCCCCCCGCCGCAGCCCGCGGCCGCCGGCGGCCCGCCUCCCCCGAGCUGCUGCGCUGCAAGCGCCGCCUGGCCUUCGCCGCCCUGCCGGGCACCGGGGCGGCGGCGGCCGCCGUGGCCCGUCGGAACGAGCGGGAGCGCAACCGCGUGCGCCUCGUCAACCUGGGCUUCGCCGCCCUCCGCCAGCACGUCCCGCACGGCGCCGCCAGCAAGAAGAUGAGCAAGGUGGAGACGCUCCGCUCCGCCGUCGAGUACAUCCGCGCCCUGCAGCGCCUCCUCGACGAGCACGACGCCGCCGCCUCGUUCCCCGACGGCCGCGGGCGGGUGGCCGUCGGGGAGGUUGGCGGCGGCGGCGGCUACUCCUCCGCUUCUCCCUCCUUCGGCUCCUCCGCGCCCGGCUCGCCCUGCUCCUCCGAGGAGAGCGGCUACGACGCGGCGCUCAGCCCCGAGGAGCGGGAGCUGCUGGACUUCACCAGCUGGCUGGGGAGCUACUGACCCGGCGGGAGCGCGUCGGCACCCGCGCCCUCGGCGGCAGCAGCAGCAGCAUCCCCCCGAAAGGACUGACCUCCGCCCCGGCGGGACCCCGCUGGCUGCUUUUCUCGCCGGGUUCAGCCGUCGUCUGCUGGCUGUGCAAAGUGCAAUGGGGUGGCCGGCUGCGGGGUCCCGCUCCUCCCGCCCGGAGCUGCCGACCCACGGAGAAGAUGCCCGAGCGAACCUGCUUCCCCCCGCCGCUGCUGUCUGGUGUUGCUUUGGAGGGAUGGAAAAGAGGAAAAAAAAAAUUAGAAACACUUGAUGCUUCCUUGUUUCUGGAGGGGGAGGGAAUUUUUUAUCAUGUCAGAUUCUAUUUUAUAUGUAACUUGAACUGCCUAUAGGGACACUGGUGUAUGAAGACUUAUUUUUGUACAAGAAACCUUAGAGAAAAGGGAUGAGAUGGUUCUAUUUUUAGCAGGUCCUGUCCACUCGGUCUUGAAUACUACCAGCUGGAAUGCUUUGGGAACAUACACGGUAUAGAUGAAAAGGUGUUUGUUUGGGGUUUUUUUAAUUAUUCUCUCCAAACACUUUGGUAAAAGACUGUAAAGUUAUGUUGUGUUUUAACGUGGUGUCUGAGUUUGCCUGGUGUGAAGUCCACCUCUCUGAAAACUGAAGUUUUUUUAAAAAAAAAUGUAUUGAAGGCAUUUUUGUAUGCACUUGCUAGGAUUUCUUAAGUUGUAUAUAUGCAGUUUUUAAGAGAGUAUCAUAUUUUAUGUAAAUUGACUUUAUAAAUAAAAAUCUAUUUAUAAAUGGC